AGUUAACGUCUGUGAUUAGAAUUGGAAACUUAUGAAAAAGAUAAAGCAAAGUAUUUGGAAAACAAGUUAAGAAUUAGCAAAAAAAGUUUGUUUAAUAAGUAAAUAACUGAAAAAAAUGACUACACAAUCCUGGUGCGGUAGAGGUUUUAAACCACGUACCUUUCCCAAACACCCACCCACCUUGUGCUACAACAAACCAGCGGCCGCCCAAGUUUCUAAAUCCGAAUACGAUGAUUUGCGUUAUCAAAGUAUAACAGGUGAUCUGAUUGAAACUUUGAUUGUACCCAAACGUCAGGCUAAAACCUGGACUAUGCAAAAGGAUGAUUUGUGUCGCAUUACAGUAUGCGAGGGAUCACAAGUGGGUGAUGUGAACUUUUGGAAUUUAGAAAAUACUAAAGAACGUUUCUAUUCGGGCAAGACACGACAACUGCAUAGUACUCAUUUGAAAGUAUACGAUCGUUUAUGGAGUUGUAUGCCUUAUAUAAGACCUAUGGCAACAUUUGUUUAUGAUUCAUUGGCUAAGUAUGGUAUAGAUGAAGAUGGUGGUUCUUUACAUGAUGUUGUGGGUACUAGAUGUGAUGAUUAUACUUAUAAAUUAAUAACGGGCAAGGAACGUGUGAAUAGUUGUCAUAGUUCUUUAGUUAAAGCUGUGACUGAGGAGCGCGGCAUGUGUGAGGAGGAUGUUCAUGAUGUUUGGAAUAUUUUCAUGUGUACCGGCUUUACGAGGGACACCCAACAAUACUUCUGCAAACCCAGUCCCGCCCAAAAGGGUGACUAUAUCGAAUUUAUAGCGGAUAUGAAUCUAUUGGUAGCCUUAAGUGCCUGUCCCCAAGGUGAUGUUUCUAUACCAGUGGGUCAGGAAGUGCCCGAUGACAAAUGUCAUCCUUUACAAGUGGAAGUUUUUCGCAAAAAAUAAAUUUAAUGAUAAUUCAUUCUAUUGAAAGUAAAAAA